AUGGCAAACACGCCUCAUGGUGGCAUUUUGAAGGAUCUCAUCGUUCGGGAUGAGCAUCUCCAUGAGAAUCUCAAAACUGAGGCUGCAACAUUGUGCGAUGUCACCUUGACCGAGCGUCAACUAUGCGAUCUUGAACUAAUUAUUAACGGCGGUUUUAGUCCGCUGGAGGGGUUCAUGAACGAAAAUGACUACAACAACGUUGUGGAAUCAUUACGACUUGCAGACGGAACUCUUUUCCCCAUGCCUAUUACCCUCGAUGUAUCCCGCGAGGAUAUUCAAGAAUUCUCUAUUGCUCCUGGCACUCGUAUUGCACUUCGAGAUCCUCGAGAUGACCAAGCUCUCGCAAUCCUCACAGUCGAAGAUGUUUACCGGCCAGAUCAAGUGAAAGAGGCGAUCAAUGUAUUUGGUGCAGACGAUCCCGCCCACCCUUCCGUCGCAUACCUUCGCAGCCAGGCGAAGGAAUACUAUGUCGGUGGUAAGGUCCAAGCAAUACAGCUUCCAACUCACUUCGACUAUGUUGCCCUCCGGUAUACUCCAUCAGAGUUGCGGGCACAUUUCAAGAAACUGGCCUGGAGAAAAGUCGUUGCAUUCCAAACGCGAAACCCAAUGCACCGCGCACAUCGUGAACUGACAGUGCGCGCCGCUCGCCAGCGCCAGGCAAACGUACUCAUCCACCCUGUUGUUGGGCUGACCAAACCUGGUGAUGUUGACCACUACACUCGUGUGCGCGUCUACGAAGCUAUUAUGGCCAAAUACCCCAACGGUAUGGGUCACUUAGCUCUGCUCCCCCUGGCGAUGCGUAUGGCUGGGCCACGUGAGGCAGUUUGGCACGCUAUCAUUCGCAAAAACUAUGGCGCGACGCAUUUCAUCGUUGGACGUGACCACGCCGGUCCUGGAAAGAACUCCCAGGGGCGCGACUUCUAUGGGCCCUACGAUGCACAGGAUCUCGUCACCAAGUACCAUGAGGAGCUCCAGAUUGAGAUGGUCCCAUUCCAACAAAUGACAUAUAUGCCGUCGACGGACGAGUACGUGCCGAUUGAUGAAGUGCCGAAGGGUGCACAGACGCUUGACAUCUCCGGCACUGAGCUUCGAAAACGGUUGAGGAAUGGUGCCCCUAUUCCCGAUUGGUUCAGCUAUGAGGGUGUUGUGAAGACUCUUCGGGAGAGCUAUCCUCCACGCUUGAAGCAGGGCUUCGUGAUUUUCUUGACUGGCUUGCAUAACUCUGGAAAGGAUACUAUCGCGAAAGCUCUUCAGGUCGUAUUGAAUGAGCAAGGGGGACGGAGUGUUUCUGUACUCUCUGGCGACAACAUUCGACCUGACCUUGAUACGCCAUUCAGCUACGCACCCGAAGAGCGCUCUAAGAACCUCCAGCGCGUCGCCUUUGUUGCCGCCGAAUUGUCACGCGCAGGCGCUGCGGUCAUCGCUACCCCCAUAGCGCCAAAACAGGUCUCACGAGAUGUAAUCAAAGGGACUGUCAUUCAUUCCGCUGGUGCGGGUGCGAAUUUCUUUACUAUCCAUGUUGCGACGCCCCUGGAGCACUGCGAAGCGACUGACCGCAAAGGCAUCUAUGCCCGAGCACGCCGCGGAGAGCUCAGUGGAGUAGCUGGUGUAGAUGAAAUCUUUGAGACUCCGGAGCGGGCAGACCUCACCGUGGACGUCAUCACCCAGAGUAUACCUGAGAUCGUCCAUAGUAUCGUCUUGCUGUUGGAGACGAAUUCCCUUCUGUGA